AUGGGUGUUUUAGAAAAAAUUGCAGCCAUCCAGGAGGAAAUGGCCAGAACCCAAAAGAAUAAAGCCACAGAAUAUCAUCUUGGUUUAUUGAAAGGGAAGUUAGCCAAGCUCCGUCGAGAACUUUUAGAACCUCAACCAGGUCAAGGUGGUGGUGGAGGAGGUCAAGGAUUUGAAAUUGCUAAAGCAGGAGAUGCCAGAGUUUCAUUGAUUGGGUUUCCUUCCGUUGGUAAAUCAUCUUUCUUAUCCAAUGUCACCAAUACGAAAUCUGAAGCUGCAAGUUAUGAAUUCACAACUUUAACCUCAGUUGGAGGAUUACUUCAAUAUAAUGGAGCAGAAAUUCAAAUUGUUGAUUUACCCGGGAUUAUAAAAGCUGCUUCUCAAGGUAAAGGUAGAGGUAGACAAGUUAUAGCUGUUGCAAGAACCUCGGAUUUAAUUAUGAUGGUUUUGGAUGCUACUAAAGGAGAUGAUCAAAAAGAAAUCUUGGAAAAUGAAUUAGAAUCUAUGGGUAUAAGACUUAAUAAAGAAAAACCUGAUAUUUCAUUGAAACUUAAAAAAACCGGAGGUGUUAAGUUGAAUUCCAUUAAUCCACCAGUUCAUUUAAAUGAAAAGAUCGUGGCAGCUUUAUUAAAAGAAUAUAAGAUUCACAGUGCUGAUGUUUUGAUUAGAGAUGAAAAUGUUACUAUUGACGAUUUUAUUGAUAUAAUAAAUGAACAACAUGUUACAUAUAUUAAAUGUUUGUAUGUUUAUAAUAAAGUUGAUGUUGUUUCAUUAGAAGAGUGUGAUAGAUUAGCUAGAUUACCAAACACAGUAGUAAUGUCAUGUGAGUUAACCCUCGGAAUCGAAGAUUUGAAAGAAGAAAUUUGGAGACAAUUAGGUCUUAUAAGGCUUUAUACUAAAAGAAGAGGUAUUGAACCUGAUUUCAGUGAUCCCAUGGUUGUCAGAAAUAAUUCUACCAUUCAAAGUGUUUGUGAUGCUAUUCAUAGGGACAUGAAAAACCAAUUCAAAUUUGCAUUAGUUUGGGGAUCUUCAUCGAAGCAUUCACCACAAAGAUGUGGUUUAAAUCAUAUCAUUCAUGAUGAAGAUGUUGUACAAAUUGUAACUAAAUAG